UUUUUUCAAACACUCACCGCAAGAAACAACAAACAAAGAAAACCCCACACGCUGCACUCUCACACCCAAAAGCCCCCUCUGAGACUCCAACCAGCAUACGCGACUCGUAUUGUCACACAUACACACAUACACACAAGCAACCAAAGCAUCGCCAUGGUUCGGAGCACGAGAAGCAGCCGCACGUCGCUGAGCGGGACAGAGGAGGCCAUUGUGACCGCAAGCGCCCACAGUGACAAUGCGGACGACGACGACGAGCACCACGGCCGCCGGGCAAGCACCAGCACUGCACCAAUAUUACCAGCACAGGCACUUGUCCCAGCGGGCGAAGAGGGGUCGGGCGCCGCGCGAGCAGGAUCCGUGGACGGCAGCGCUGGGCAACGGACUGUGGAGGACGAGGAAGGAGAACAAGCGGCGUCCUCCGACCUCAGCAACCCUCCCUCCAACGGCGCUGCAGCCAGCCCCGCGGCUUCUGCAGACGACGGCAAGGCCAAUAUUAAUAAUGAAGAGGAGGAGGAGGAGGAGGAGGAAGAGGAGGAGCAGGACGCGCCCGAGCGGCGCAAUGUGACUCGUCACAGUGAGGCUCAACAACGAGCGACAGCUGUUUCUCCGACAGUGACGACUUCUCCCCGACGAGGCACCCGCUCCAGUGGACUGCGUGCUCAGCAGCAGCAACAGCAACAGCAACAGCAGCAGAAGCAACAGCAACGGCAGCAGUCGCAGCAGCAGCGGCGCCGGCAGCGUCAGCGAGAAGAAGCGGGCGCGGACGAUGUGGAAGACGCAGACAAAGAUCAUGACGAAGAAGAGACGGCAUCGCGCGACACCCGCCAAGCCCACAACGACGACGGCGACGACGACGACGACGACGACCCCGACAGCAACGGCGAGGAUGGCAGCAACGCCCUGGAGCAGCACGAAGAGCCAAAGACAUUCUUCCUGAUUGACGAUUUGGUGUGGGUCGAGUUCAAGAAGGGCCACUCGUACGAAGCGACUGUGCUUGACGUCCAAGACCAGCCACACGAAGGCAAGCACUACCUCGUCCACUACCAGGGCUGGAAGAGCAAAUACGACGAAUGGGUGCCCGAGCAACGCGUCAGUGCUUUCGAGGCGUCGUUGCGAUCGCGCGCAGCGGCAAACCACUCGAAAACGGCCGUCCAAGCGGCGCUCGCUGUGGUCGCCCCGCGCUCCUCGGCAGCCCAGGCGCACCGCAAGCUCGAGCAAGAGAAGGAAAAGGAGAAGGAAAAGGCCAGAGAUAAGGACAAGAAGGACAAGGAGAAGGACAAGGAGAAGGACAAGGAGAAGGACAAGAACGGCAAGGGCAAGCAGCACGACAAGCCGACACCAAAGGAGAAGGAAGCCGCUCAUCCGCCUCAGUCGACGACAACCCCGCCAUCAUCCCGACAGUCACGGCUGCGCGCAGCACAAACGCCAGCCAAAGCCACCGCUGCCUCCACCCCAACCACGAAUUCCAACACGGCUGAGAAAGAAGUGACACAUCCCACUCCCCAGCCAGCACCCGCACCUGCACCUGCACCUGCACCUGCACCAGCAAGCGCUCCGCAACGAGCUUCUCGACGACUCUCCGCGUUCGCGGUCGUUGGCGACGACUCGACCUUGACCGGUGGUGACUCAGACGUCCUAGCAACCGCCAGCAAACUCGCAGCCAACACCUCCACUGCGACACCCGGCGUCGCUGUGUCAUCUUCCUCAGAGAACGCAUCCCACAGUAACACCGGCAACCGGCAACGACGACACUCGCAUUCCAGCCAACACGCGGCCGUAGCAACGGUUCCAAUGGACGUAUCGCCCGGCGCGCCAUCCGUCGACACCCCUGUCUCAGACACUUGCCGGGAAUUGCGCGCGCUGUGGGACACGGCCGCACUCUGCCACUUUCUACAAUGCUUCCACGAGCCGCUGGGUUUGACUUUGAUGACGUCUGAUGAGAUUGAGCGCGCGCUGUUGACAGACACGGCCUCGUCCCCAAUGCUGGCGAAUAUUGGCACGCGACUCGUGCUGCGACUCACUUCGCGGGUCGAUGUGGGUCCGCUCAACUGGGACUAUGUGCUGCAGCAAAUCUGCCAGCACCAGCUCCCGCCAGCAAUGAAUCUGCUGAGCGCGACGCGCUCGUUCGACUCCCUCCCACCGCUGCAGCGAGCGGCGUUGCUCCUUUUGUUGUGUGUCUGGAUUAUUCAGCAAAACACGGUCGUCACGCCCUCGCUUGACCUCAACAUGCUCUAUCGUGACCUGCAGCCUGUCGGCGUCGACCGUUCUGGCGUAGAGUACUGGUGCUUUGGCGAUCUUCGCCUGUAUCGUGCUGCAGAACCGUCCGUGCCACCGCCGCCCCUGGUGCAGCUGAAGGCCGAGUUUUUUGCGACAACACCCUGGCAUGUGCUCGCACGCAAUAAUGUAGUGCUUCAACCAGUCUGCCUCACGGCGCGCGACUGGGAGGAAUGGCGUGCCACCGCUAUGAACUCACAGCGAGACCUGUAUAAUGCUCUGGAUGCACGGUUCCCGGUGCAAACCACGAUCGUCAACCUGCUCGUGCGCGAGCGCAGUGUUGAUCGCCAGUUCCUUCUAGGUGCCCCUUUCGCGCUCGCUGUGGCCGCUGCAAAGCGCCCUCUUCAAGCGGUGGCGGCGGCUGACGACCGCCUGUCACAGGGCUCUAGCGCUGGGUCUCAGCGAGAGCAGGAUGCCGACUCGAAUGGCACAGUCGCACACGUAGCGCAGCACGACCGAGCGAAUAGCAAGCGUGCCAGGCGUGAAAAUGUGCUCCGGCCGCUCACGGAUUCUGAUAGCAACGUGGCCCGCGGUGACUCGCAACUGCCCAUUCUGCACCAACCGCAGCAACAACACCAACAGCAACAGCAACAGCAACAACAGCAACAACAACAACAAUCGACUGUCCCUGUUCAUGCGCCUCCAAUGGCUGCAACAGCCUCUGGAAAGUUUGUCUUUACAAGUAAGCUGGCCAACGAGGCAUCGCAUGCUGUCACCUGCGGAACGGCGGCGAACAUUGUCGAGUACCACGUUUCCAACUUUGACAAGCACCGCGAGGACAUGAUUUCCGUGUCUGCCUGGCUCGCAUCCUCCCGCCCCACCCCUGCCCCUGCUCCUGCUCCUGCCCCUGCCCCAGCCCCCGUUGCCUCCGAGGCCACACCUGCUACCAAAGCCAACGACAGGCGGGAGUCGCACUCGCACGCACACUCCCAAUCGCAAAAUCACCAUUCCAGCCCGCGUUCGCAGUCAAAGCAUUCGCAGCCAUCGUCACGGACCCCGCAGGAAUCCAAGCAUGCUCGCGUCCAUCAUCUUGAACCAAGCAACCCAGUCUACGUUCCUCCCGCUGCGGCCCCACUUUCUUCCUUCUCUGCACCUCCUCCCGGCAACUACUUUUCGCCCUAUCCGUCGCACUCUGUGCGUGAAGCUCCUGGCGCCGCUGUGCUGCCUCCCCCGCAUCUGCUCCACAGUAACGUGCGUGAAAUGAGCUCGCCAGUGCCCUAUCCGCCCGUGCUUGCUCCGCCAGCAACGUUUGUGGCUCCCUACAUGUCUUCGAACGGCAUGAAUAAUGGCAGCAUGUACUACAGCCAGCAGCAGGCUCCGGGAUGGAUGAUGGGUCCUGGAGCGGUCAAUCCGACGCCAAUUGCUGCUGCUGCUUCUGCUGCUGCUUCUGCUGCUGCCACGCGUCCGCGAAAGCAACGCAAGCAGCAACUCACGCAGCAGCACCUCGCCUUGCCACAGCAUAUGCAGCAGCUUGCAAUGCCCAUGGACUAUUCGAUGCCAUCACAGGCUCCGUUUAUUCAGCAGCCAGGGUUUGCGCCUGCCUAUCCAGUGGCGACAGACGCGCAUCUGGCGACAGUCCCCCCUCCUCCGCCAUAUGGUGCCGGCAAGCAGCGAAAGACUCCGAAACACCACAACGCCUCGCCGCGCGAAAUGGAAGGCCACCCAAUCGUUGGCCACUAUGAGAUUCUCAACGCACCAGCCGGCAACCAACGCGGCAUGCCCAUGCAACCCAGCGUCAUGCCGCAGCACCUGCCGUAUCCUCAAAAUGCGUUCAUGGACUCGAGCGUUUCCCACAUGUACCAAGGUCCACCCGCCAGCAGCGGUGACCAGAGCCAUCCUCAGAUGCAUGCCCAGAUGGGCCCCCGCACUUCAGUUGGCUUCCCGACGCCGCAGUUCAAGAGCCAUUCGGCCGCAGCCCAGCCGGCGUACGAGUCCGAGUUUGGCCGGCACGUGUCGCACAGCUCGCCCACCCAGCAGCCGCAUCCUCCUUCUUCGUCGCGCGGAGUGCUCCCAGUGGCUCAAGCCGCCCCAGAGUCUCCCGCGAAAAAUACCGCGUCGCCUGGGCGGGGUCGCCGCCAGUCUGCAUCAACGGCAGCCAACUCUGACGGUGCCUCAAAUCUGCUGCUCUUCUCGCUCCUGUCGUCCAUGCAGCCACCUGUCGCUGUUCCCGAGUCGACGGACGGUGGCAGCACUAGCGGCAGCGAAGCCAAUGUCCCUCACGACGGCAACGGCACCUCGAUGACCCCGUCACCCGUGUUGCGCCCUUCCACGAGCACCGGACCCGCCCAUUCGACUGAAGAGGUUGAAGCGCAGUAGAACUGGGUUGUGGCACAAAUCCAAUCCGCGGUUGUUCAUGUUUCCCUCCCCUUGAUUUUGAUUUUUUUUCCGUUUUUUUUUUUUUUUUUGCCGUUGACUUUUUCUUGUCUGUUUCCACUUGAAGAUGUUGAUGUGUUUGUGGGUUUGCAUCGUUUUCUUGUUUCCAAUUGUUGAUUUCAUUACACACAUUGUCC